AUUUUGAAGUUGAGGCUAUUAUUAGUAACAGCAUGUCACUGAAUGUAAUAAUGAAGGAUAAGUUCAUUAUUCAACAGCCUGUUCCAUUGUCCUGUGAAUUGACUGUAACUGGCUUAACUCAGUCAUCAAUGGACUGUCUCCUUGACAAGCUGUUUAUAUUCACUAAUGUCACUGAAGGAAAUGUGUAUAAUUAUACUGUUACUAUUACUAAUGUCAUUGGGUCUGCUGUUAAGAAUGGUUUGAUAGAAAUUCCUUACUUACCACUUGAAGUGUGUCCUUCAAAAAUUCAGUAUUCAGCUUCAGCAAUGAUAAUGAUGAGUCCUCUUUCAUCAGUUAUAGAAUCAGUUAUAGAAUCAAGUACACCAGCCAGUACAUCUUCAGAUAGUUGCAAUUGUGUUCUUCCAUGGACAGUUGGUGUAUUAAUUGGGGCAGCUGUGAUGAUUGUCGCUUCACUUGUGAUCAUUUUUAUCAUAAUAAUUUAUUUUGUCUCACAUAAAUAGAGAUACUACCCAGGUUUACUAGAUUUUAUUUUUGGACAAGAGUGAGCUACUUAUUUGAGUGUCUAGUUGAAUUUUGUGAACAUUGUGAAUGAGAGUGUAAAAAGAAUGAGUUAAUUGGUUGUGAUAUUUAAUAUGUGACAAUCAAACAAGAACUUAAGUC